UCCCCGCUGCAGUUCACUGCGUUUCCGUAGCCAGUUUGCUGUUUGCUACCCGCUGAGCCCAGACCGGGGAAACAGCUCACGGAAACGACUGAUCCCGAUCGAAUAACGUCAAAGCUGGCAACAUUUAAUGGCGGAUUAACACUGAUAUCGGAAAGGACUCGCUAAAUCAAUGUUCGUAACUCGGGUGCUUUUGGAGAGUGCGCUGGCAACACCCUCCGUAACAUGUGAGAUGUAUAGCUACAGAAAUAUAUUAACUGUGCGUUAUUUCGGCUAACUAGCUAGCAGCUAUCCCCCCUCUCUAUCCAAUUUAUGGUAGCUCGCUUAAUCUGUUUUCUCAACCGUCGAGUCUGUACCGGAGUAAAAUGAAGAAGUUUAACAUUAGAAAGGUGCUAGACGGCUUGACGGCGGCUUCUUCUUCCUCCUCCGCGCCUGCCCAGCCGGGUACUCCCAGGGAAAACGAUGUUAUCCAGGAGACUCUCCAGUCGGAGCAUUUCCAGCUUUGCAAGACUGUGCGCCAUGGCUUCCCAUAUCAACCAUCCUCAAUGGCUUUUGACCCCGUCCAGAAAAUCUUGGCCGUCGGGACUCAGAGUGGAGCUUUGAGGCUCUUUGGCCGUGCGGGUGUGGAGUGCUACUGUCAGCAUGAGAGCGGUGCGGCAGUCAUCCAGCUCCAGUUCCUGAUCAACGAGGGGGCGCUAGUGAGUGCCUUAGCUGAUGACAGCAUCCACCUGUGGAACCUGAGGCAAAAAAUCCCUGCGAUCCUACAUUCUCUCAAGUUCAACAGGGAGAGAAUCACAUACUGCCACCUGCCCUUCCAGAGCAAGUGGCUUUACAUCGGCACAGAAAGAGGAAACAUCCACAUUGUCAACGUGGAGUCCUUCACUCUCUCAGGCUACGUCAUCAUGUGGAACAAAGCCAUCGAACUAUCCACCAAAACACACCCAGGUCCUGUUGUGCACAUCAGUGAUAACCCCAUGGAUGAAGGAAAGCUUCUGAUUGGAUUUGAAUGUGGGGUUGUGGUGUUGUGGGAUUUGAAGUGCAAAAAAGCUGACUACCGCUACAAUUAUGAUGAGGCGAUCCACUCAGUAGCCUGGCACCAUGAGGGUAAACAGUUUGUUUGCAGCCACUCUGAUGGCACUCUGACCACAUGGAAUAUACGAGCCCAAGCCAAGUCUGCACAGAUCAUCACACCACAUGGAAAGCAGCCUAAGGAUGGAAAAAAGCCAGAACCAUGCAAGCCUAUUCUGAAAGUGGAGUAUAAAACAACAAGGGCUGGGGACCCAUUCAUGAUCCUGUCUGGAGGUCUGUCUUACGAUACAGUGGGGAGGAGAGCCUGUCUGACUGUGAUGCAUGGAAAGAGCACUGCUGUCCUAGAGAUGGACUACCCCAUCGUAGAUUUCCUAACGCUGUGUGAAACUCCAUAUCCAAAUGACUUUCAGGAGCCUUAUGCUGUGGUGGUCCUCCUCGAGAAGGACUUAGUUGUAAUAGACCUCGGACAGAUUGGGUACCCCAUAUUUGAGAAUCCAUAUCCUCUGACUAUCCAUGAGUCACCAGUGACCUGCUGUGAGUACUUUGCUGACUGCCCUGCUGAACUUAUUCCUGCACUUUACUCUGUCGGCAGCCGGCAAAAGAGACAAGGUUACAGCAAGAAGGAAUGGCCUAUUAGUGGAGGAAACUGGGGCCAAGGCACUCAGAGUUACCCAGAGAUCAUAAUCACUGGACAUGCUGAUGGGUCGAUCAAAUUUUGGGAUGCUUCUGCAUUAAUGCUUCAAGUGCUGUACAAGCUGAAGACUGCCAAGGUUUUUGAGAGGGCUCGCAGUAAGGAAGAGAAGGCAAACACAGAUAUAGUAGAGGAGGACCCGUUUGCCAUCCAGACCUUGUCCUGGUGCCCUGAGAGCAGGAUGCUCUGCGUGGCCGGCGUGUCUGCCCACGUUAUCGUCUAUAGGUUCAGCAAACAAGAAAUCACCACUGAAGUUGUGCAGCUUUUGGAGGUGCGGAUGCAGUGUGAGUUUAGCGAUGGUCACUCCCCUGAUCCAGGAGGGGAUCAGACCCCCACCCUGCCCACCCCGGGAGCUUCCUCCAGCCCUCAGGAGAGUGAGCCUCCCACUCAGCCCUCCACAGGCAGCAACUCCUCCGAAGGACCCCGGGACAAUAAACCAUGCCUGCAGGUGCGGAGCUCCCCGCUGAAGCAGUCUCCGGGCUACCAGGUGGAGCUGGUGAUCCAGCUGGUGUGGGUGAGUGGGGAGCCACCUCAGCCCAUCACCAGCCUGGCUAUCAACUCCUCCUACGGCCUUGUGGUGUUUGGAAACAGUAAUGGUCUAGCUGUGGUGGACUACCUCCAGAAAACUCUGCUCCUCAACAUGGGCACAUCGGAGCUGUACAGCCCAUCUGACCCCUACCAGAGGCAGCCUCGCUCGCCACGCAAAACACGGCAGCCCUCUGGAGCAACGUGUGAUUCCAACGAUGGGUCCAACACCUCAGAGGACCGCUGCAAAUCACCUACUUCAGGAUCUACCUCCCCUUGCAAUUCUGAUGAUGAACGGAAACAGAAGUUCAUAGAGAAGGUGAAGUGCAAAAGCAGACGCUUUUCCAAGACGGUUGCCAAUGACUUUGCCAAGAUGUCACGGAAAAUUAGCUCGUCUAGCGAGCAAAAGCCAGACCUGGAUGCCAAGGAUAACGCUUUCACCCGCUCACGUAGUUCAAGUGUAACCAGCAUAGACCGAGAGUCCCGAGAGGCCAUCUCCUCCUUCCACUUCUGUGAGAGUUUCCCCAGGAAGACAGACAGCGUGGUCAGCCCCUGUCUGCUGGUGGGAACCACCCAGGGCACUGUGAUGAUGGUGGCCCUCAGCCUGCCGCCCCCUGGGGACCACAGGCUGCAGCAACCCGUUGGCAUCUCCUCCUGUGGCACUAUGGUCACACUCAAAGGAGGCAUUUUGACUAUGGCCCUGUUGGACAACACUGGAACUUUGCUGCCCCCUUCCUACGAGCCAUGGUACGACCCAAAUGCCUCAGACGAGGAGAAGGAGAAAAGCCGGAGGCGCAGGCCAGCCUCCCCUCCCCCGGCACAAGAGGGUCAAGAUUCCCAGUUCGCUGUGCUGUGUUCGGAGAAACAGGCCAAGGUGGUGGCCAUGCCCUCCCAAACCCGCAUCUACAAACACAGCAUCACCGAGUCCUCCUUCGUGCUGAGGGCUGAUGUUGUGCAGAUGGCCGGAGCUUACUGCAUCGCCUGUUUCUGUGCUAACGGCCAUAUCAUGACCCUGAGUUUACCCAGUCUACGGCCUCUGCUGGAUGUGAACUACCUGCCGCUGACAGACAUGCGGAUAGCCAGAACGUUCUGCUUCUCCAACCUGGGUCAGGCCCUGUACCUCACCUCCCCCACGGAGAUCCAGAGGAUCACCUAUAGCCAGGAGACCUGCGACAACCGGCAGGAGAUGCUCAGUGAGUUGUUUACCCCUGUGGAGACACCAGAGGCUCCUAACAAAGGUUUCUUCAAAGGCCUGUUUGGGGGCGGCGCUCAGUCUCUUGACAGGGAGGACCUCUUUGGUGAAACAGGUGCUGGUAAGGCGUCCCGUAGCCUGGCCCAGCACAUCCCUGGCUCAGGAGGCAUGGAGGGCAUGAAGGGUGCAGCGUCUGGGGUUGUGGGAGAUCUUGCCCGCGCCCGGAUAGCUCUGGACGAGAGAGGGCAGAAACUGGGCGAGCUGGAGGACAGAACAGCAGCCAUGAUGGCCAGCGCAGAUUCCUUUUCCAAACAUGCUCAUGAUAUGAUGCUGAAGUACAAAGAUAAGAAGUGGUACCAGCUCUGAUGGCAUCGUGUGGAGCAUCUGACUCUGUUAUCACACUCACCAGUAUCUCGAAGGAGCUGCAGGUCCUUCUUCUUCUCUUCUUUAUUUCUCUCCAUGGGGCGGGAGGUUCUGCUCAACAGACUCAUGCUUUUAUUCUCAGCACAAUAUCAUAUAAACUCUGCAUUACCUCAGUCACCAGAGGACUGCCGCGGAGUAGACACUGGGCGACCCAACGUAAUGAGAAUGGAAAGAAAUGGAAGAAGAGAAGCUCUUAGGAAUCCCUCUUUCCAUUUAACCUGAGAGCGAUGAUGUUCUUGUAACAUCAGCCCGCAGAACAGGAGAGAGGUGACCUUUCAUAUCCAUCAGUCACACACUCAUAUAUAUCUCAUAUAUAUAUCUCAUAUAUCUAUCUAUAUAUGUGUGUGUGU